AUGAAGCCAACCUUUGCAGCCGUUUGCUUCCUAGCUACAGUUGUGUGCACUAUUGCGCUGCUGCCUGAGAAAAUCUGCAGAGCACCACAUCCCAAGCAACCCUGCGACGCUGGUACCCCGAGGAAAUGGUUAUUCUACUUUAACAACGGCACUGACCGGUGCACGAAAUACAAAGGAUGUGGAAAGGGUAUGAAUGACUUUGGAGCCAUAGCUUGCUGCAGAGACUCGUGUCCAUACGGUCAACACAAGCCAAAGCGCGCAGACAAGCCAAAGUCCCCGAAGACCUCAACGCCUACUCUCCCAUCAUUCGGUAACCAUCACCGUCCACUGUCGCGAGCUAAACAAAACCAUAUACGUCAUAUGAGCGGCCUGUUAUCUGUUUUUUUGUGA